AGCGAGCUAGCUAUGCGUUGUUAGCUAGCUAAGCCUGUCAGAUUACUUUGCUGGCUACAAUUGCUCGUAGGGCUGGGGUAUCCGUCUGUAGGUUGUUUUGACGGGAAAUGGCUAGCUACGGACAGCCCUGGCGUCGACCGGUGCCGUAGAAUGCAGCCAGGCUGGCAUCGACCCGGCUUUCCUGUGUCCUCCUUAUGAGUAAUGAACCCUUUCUGGACAAUGUCUGCAAACGCCAGUCGCAAGCGGUCCGACAGCGAAGAGAAAGGCCGGCAGGCGGAGCAGAGGACGAGCCCCCCCCGAGGGCCUUUUGGCAAGAAGCAGCUCCCCUCCAUUCCCAAGAACAGCGUCCCCGUCACCAAACACGCGUCCCCCGCCGCAUCUGGGCCCCCCGCGUCCGGGCCCCCUGCCAACGGGACUCACGCCUCCUACGGGCCCUUCUACCUGGAGUACUCCCUGCUGGCCGAGUUCACACUGGUCAUCAAGCAGAAACUGCCUGGGAUCUACGUCCAGCCCUCCUACAGAUCAGCCCUGAUGUGGUUUGGGGUUAUUUUCAUAAGACACGGCUUGUACCAGGAUGGGGUCUUUAAGUUCACCGUGUACAUCCCAGAUAACUACCCCGACGGAGAAUGCCCCAGAGUGGUGUUCGACAUCCCGGUUUUCCAUCCUUUAGUGGACCCGGUGUCAGGGGAGCUGGACGUCAGGAGAGCCUUUACCAAAUGGAGGCGCAACCACAACCACAUCUGGCAGGUUCUGAUGUACGCCCGCACCAUCUUCUACAAGAUCAGCACCGUGGAGCCACUGAACCCGGAGGCAGCAGUGCUUUAUGACAAAGACGUCCAGCUCUUCAAAAGCAAGGUGGUGGACAGCGUGAAGCUAUGCAACAGUCACCUGUUUGACCAGCCGAAGCUGGACGAUCCCUACGCAAUAAGUUUCUCCCCAUGGAACCCAGCCGUCCACGAUGAGGCAAAGGGGAAGAUGUUCACGUAUAAAAGACGGCCGGAGGAUCACCAUAAGGGGCUGCAAGUGUCCGGACUGUCCUGGGUAAGGCCCGGGUCGACCCAGCCCUUCAGCAAGGAGGACAGCACUCUCCAGACAUGAGCCUGGAGUGCAGUGCCGCCUGUUCACCAGCAGAGGGAGUGCUGCCAGGGCGGGAGUCCUGACCGGCUCUGCGGAAUCUGCAAAUUCAGUGGGAACCAGAUUUAUGGACUUCAUUUGCACCACUCUUGCUCCGCUUCAACUGUACUUUAGGUUUCUGCUCAGAAAGUAGAGUUAAAAGGCUUUUGUGUAAUCCGUGUAAAUCCGCAGCAACCAGCUUGGAUAUUGAAGCUAGUACUAGAUGAAGUCAACCAUUCGCAGGGUGAUUGGGGAAUGUGAUCGUCAAGUUCUGGGGGCGUUGAGUUGGUCAGAAUACGAGAGUCACGCAACCAUUCAUGUGUUAUUUUGUCAGAAUUGUUUUGAAUCGAAUUCAACAAAAAAUGAGACGUUACACGUUCUUUCAUUUUAUUUUCAUUUGUUUUAGAAGUAUUUUCUUAAUUCAGCCAUAUUGUGUAUUACAUGUCUUGAAUAGUUUUAAUAUAUACUGACAUAUCAAGUUUUAAGAUGUAUAAUAUUAUACAUAUAGGUGACUUGGUUUGUUUCCAUAUUGUGCAUGUGGUACUGACCGAUAAAGUUUUAAGAUGUAUAAUAUUACACAUAUUAGUAACUGGGUUUAUUUCCAUAUUGUAAUUAAUAUUUUAAUUCAUCUUAAAUGUGUUCAUGAUCUUUUUAAUAAAUCGAUCAAUGGUUUUCUGUAAAUAUACUGAACAUGCCUAACUCAAUGUGAAGGUGACUGAAAUCAGCAGUUUUCACUCUGUCCAUUUAUACACAGCUGGAUUUGGACAAACAUUCAUUUUGAAGGUUUUAGAGCUUGACGAGUUGACACUAUUUGCUUCUGGACCGGUGAAUACACCAAACGGUUGUUUUAGUUUAGCAUUGCGCUUAUUUUUAUCCCCCGAGGUGAUUGACUUCAGACAAAACUGUUUGAGAUGCCAUACCGUGAAGGUAAUGUGUUUUUAAAAACCAAUAAAUGACUCAUGAAGUUGU